AUGGUGGGAAUAUUAUUUAUUGUAAAUGUUCCUCGAAAGGAGCAUGAAUGUGAAUUAAGAAAAGGAGAAAACCUAUCAAAACUUAUUCUAGAAAAUGACAAGUAUGAAAACACCUGUGAAGUAAUUCGUGAACUUAAACAAAAUAAAAGAUUUGGCAGUAAAUCACCAUCCGGCGAGUUAUCAUUACAGGACGAUAACAACGCUAUUACAUGUAAGUAUAAUUCCACUGACUGUUUACACAGAGAUGAGAAAAAUGCCGGUUUAUACAAAUCUAGAAGCGAGAAUACUCUUAACAAUUAUUUGGACGUUGACUGUAAGACGAAGUCCUCUUGGGAUGAAAUAAAACAAGUGAUCAGGCCUAGAAAGAAUAAAAUGAAAAUAACAAGACCUUUAAGGGGAGUGGACAUUCUUGGCGCUUUUCAUUGGGACACUCCGCUCGAAACUAUACUAUUAGAAAUCAUACAACGCCUCGAUAUUUGCAAUGCAACAUGGACUAAAACAAGAGAUGACCAGUUUUGGAAGGUGAUAUUUUCCCUGGAGUCUGGCAACUUGUGUGAGGAGUUGCUACAAGUGUUAAGGACAUUUGGCAUCGGUUCGCGACAUCAAUCUUCCGUGAGCGUGAUCCCUUGCACACUGUACUAUAAAUCAAGCAAAAAUGACAAACAGCCGACGACUGAACAAGAAAAAUUGUGGCAUAGUGAUGCAAAUUCAGCUUGGAGUCGAUUUUCUUCGUCAGUACGAAAGCGCACCAACUUAGCUCAAGUGCUGCACGGAGUACAAGCAGACGCGGCUCUUACUUUUGACUGGUUGUUCCUACUUCUGGUGGCCGCUUUCGUCGCCGCCAUCGGCCUAGUUGAGAACUCCACUGUCAUACUAGUUGCUAGUAUGCUAAUAUCACCUCUAAUGGGUCCAAUAACAGCGGGGACCUUAGGUACAGCUGUCCGUGACCGCUCUUUACAACAGAUGGGCGUGAUGCACGAGAUGCUGGGUCUGUUCCUUGCGCUUGUUAUUGGCUUCAUAUUUGGUCUAAUAAUUUGUGCCGUCGAUGAGCGCUACGGUGUUGGAGAUUGGCCUACAUACGAAAUGAUGUCUCGAUGUGAGGUUCGUUCGCUAUGGGUAGGCGCGCUCGUAGCACUGCCGAGUGGCGCAGGCGUGGCUCUGGCAGUGCUAGGCGAGUAUACUGCCUCACUGGUGGGCGCCGCCAUCUCAGCCUCGCUACUACCACCCGCUGUCAAUGCUGGACUACUUUGGGCUAUGGCGUUGGUACACCUAAUAUUCGCGAAUGAUGAUGCUCAUUGGACCAAUGUUGUAAGAACUUCAAACUUCAGUGGCGACCCGGCGACAGAGCUAGCAAUACUCGGCACGGUAUCUCUCUCGCUCACACUUGUCAAUAUAUUCUGGAUUUUCGUCGCUGGCGUCAUUGUUUAUAAGGUUAAAGAAGUUUGUCCUCUAGAGAGAAAAGAUAUACCAUGGUGGAGAGAAAAUAGAAAUCUUCUUCAAGCUUCUAGCGACAUUAAAAAUGAGAAUAAUGCAUGGGAAGUUUACAGCAAAUGGUCCACCGAUCCCGAUGAAACUGCAGACAGGAAGGAAACCCAUGGUGUUGUGCAAAGCGACACGGUCACCUACCGCAGACAUCAAGUCAGGACGAGGCGUCUGCAGGCACAGAACCUUGAAAACUUCUGCAUUCAGAAAUCACAAUCAGGAGAGAGUUAUAUACCUUUAGACCCAGAAGCCAACAUUGUAGAGAAUACAAGUGUCAUUAAAGAUAAAGAAAAACCCAAUAGCAUAGGACAUAAUAAUUUGAAUGGUAAUUCUUUCAAAAACAACAACUCUCUAAAUUCAAACAAUUUUAGUUUUUAUAAUAUGGGCUUUGAUGAUGAACAUAAUGAUGGUAAAUCUAGUGCCAACAUAAAUACACAUCCAACAAUUGAACCAUCCUUAAAUUAUACAGUUGACGCAAAAAACUAUAAUCUGGUUUUGGGUUCUAAGUCUUUUCACGUGUAA